UCCUUUUCUCCUUCCCCGAGAGAAAGAGGAAGGAGAGUUUUCUCCGUGUCUGCAGGAACGCGUCUUUCUGGUUUAAAAGAGAAAAGAGAGAAGAAGAAGAAAGAAGAAGAAGAAGAAGAAGAAAGGAUGUCGAAGGAAGAACCAGCCGUUGGGGUUCCGUACGCCUAUCCGGCCCCGACGAAUCCACCACCAUAUCAGCAGCAGUAUUUCUACACGGUCAGCAAUCCCCAUCAGGCUGGGAUCAUCCCCUCCAACGCGAUCUACGGUGACCCCAAGGGGAUUCCAAUCCAGCAGACCAUCUUCCGAGACACCCCCGCCCCCUUCAAUUGCGUCUACUGCGGGGAGUCCGCCCUCACCACCGUCAGGUCCAAGCCAAGUCUGGCUGCUGUUGUCGGUUGUAUGAUGCCUUUUAUGCUCGGAGUUUGCUUUCUGUGCCCUGGAAUGGAUUGUCUCUGGCAUAAGUACCACUAUUGUCCAGCCUGUGGGCAGAAGGUUGCUGAUUUUGAGAAAAACGAUCCUUGCGCUGUGGUCGAUGCUUCUCACUGGAUUCAGGAAAGCUUUGCAUUGCCUGCCUAAAUUAGCAUAUACUCAAGGUCAUGUUUGAAUAUCCGUUGUAAAAAAUAGUUGGUUCUAAGAUACAUGAAAAUUCGUAAUAAAAGCUCUUGUUCCAGAUC